AUGACGCGUCAUAAACGACGUCGUUCGUCUGAUCGAUAUAGUGAUGAUGACCGAUCACGUUCAUCUUACCAUCAAAAAUCUCGUCGACAUUCAUCGAUAAAUAAUGAAACAAAUAGCUCGAGUGAUAAACGAAAAUAUACUCGAUCACGAUCGAGCUCUUCGUCGAUUUCUUCGGCAUCGUCUUCGUCGUCAACAUCGUCGUCAUCUCGAUCGGCUAAUUCUACUCGACGAAAAAGUUCAACUCACUCACGUCAUGCACAUUCAAAACGAAAACAUAACCAAGAACGACAUCGAAAACGACGAGUCCAUCAUCGACAACAUCGCCGACGAUCAAGAUCUCGAUCGAAACGACGAAUAGAUCUUCAAGAUUCCCUACUGGAAGUUUACGCUCUAUUGAGCGAAAACAAUCUUUACAUAUCCUAUUAA